GAAAAUUUUCCUUGAGAUACCCAUGAGACCUGAACCGCCAGUUACUUGAUUAAAAUAUAAGUUCUAUACUCUCUGCUUUGGAAUCACCGUGAGAAUGAGAAGUAUAGAAUUACCUUGAUAUUUAUACUGCUAGAAUUACAAAGAAAAGUCUACUUUCCCGUUCACCAGAUCCAGACAAUCACCCACACUUGUCGAGAUGGCUUUGAGAUUCUCUCUCAGGCUCCUUGUACUUCUGUAUUCCAUCUUCAGUUUGGCCCUGCAUGCAAGCACAGCCGUAGCUCACAAUGAUCCAAUAAUCCAGACUAUGGAGCAGUUCUCUGGGUAUCCACCGAUUCAAGACCCGCCUGUUGCAAACUCAGAAGAAACUCAACAAAACCAGAUCAGAAUUGUUCAAGUCAGUAAUCUUUCCUUAUGGGCCUCAACAAGAUCCAUCACAUUGUUCUUUUCCUCUUGUGGUGAAGUUGAGUCUGUGGAGAUGCAAAGCAGUCUGUCUGAGCAGUCUCAGAUAGCUUUCGUGACCUUUAAACACUCACUUGGAGCAGACUGUGCCAUUAUGCUUUCGGGCACAAAGCUACUUGACCUGACUGUAAUUAUCACUCUGGCUCCCAGUCGGGAGAUUCAGAACACUGCUUCAUUUCCACAUCUGGCCACAGAAGACAGAGCUGCAACAUAUGGAGCUGACUCUUAUCUCACCAAAACCAAAAAUGUAUUUAGUAGCAUGGUUGAAAAGGGUUAUGUUCUAGGUAAAGCAGUAGCUGUUGGAACUUCUGACAAAGUUCAACAAGUGGAUCAAAACCUUCAAGUCUCCCAGAAAGUUAAAUCAGCAGUUGCCAAAUCUGCUGUAUUUGGUAGCGAGUAUGUAUCCAUAGGGGCUUCAUGGGUGACGGUCACAUUUGAUUCAAUUGCCAAGGCUGCUGCAGAGGUUAGCCAACAUGCUAAGGAGAAGGUGGCAAUUGCGGAAGAGGAACAGAGAAGAAAAAGGACUGCUGAAGAGGAUCAGGGAAGGAAAACUAUGUAGUGCUCUGUAAAACUUAUGCAUCUAACCCAUGCGUAGGCUCAUAUAGAAUCAAGCAUUUUCUAUCUAUGCUCAGGUUGAUUUCAUUGAUAGGCACUACAUUAGUUAUGUUAGCUCUAUUGUAAAAUCUCCUUUGUCACCAGUAAAAUCUCCUGCUAGCCCAUUUGUCUUGCAACUUUUUCUAACAUUAGUUAUUAAUCUUGCAACUUUUUAUAA